AUGAGGAAACGGAUGUCCCAGCGCUGUGGGGAGACAGGACUCCAACAGUUUGCUGGAGGACAUCUAACUGAAGUGUGUCAGAACAAACGGAGAUUCAGAACAAGGAAAAUUCCGGUUCUCUUCUUUGUAUGCAGUUUCCUGGGGACCUGGGCAUCAGUGACUGUCAAGCGUCGCCCAAGGUUCCCUGUUAAUUCAAAUUCCAAUGGUGAAAAUGAACUCUGUCCAAAGGUCAGGAUUGGACAAGAUGAUUUACCAGGAUUUGACUUGAUUUCUCAGUUCCAGAUAGAUAAAGCAGCAUCCAGAAAGGCUAUCCAGAGGGUAGUUGGAUCAACUGCCUUACAGGUGGCUUACAAGUUGGGAAAUAAUGUAGACUUCAGGAUUCCAACCAGGCAUUUAUAUCCCAAUGGGCUGCCUGAAGAAUACUCCUUUCUAACCACUUUUCGGAUGACUGGAAGCACACUUGAAAAGCACUGGAGCAUUUGGCAGAUUCAGGAUUCCUCAGGGAAGGAGCAAGUUGGCGUGAAGAUUAAUGGCCAAACAAAAUCUGUUUCAUUUUCAUACAAGGGGCUGGAUGGAAGUCUCCAAACUGCAGCCUUUUCGAAUUUGCCCUCCUUGUUCGAUUCCCAGUGGCAUAAGAUCAUGAUUGGCGUGGAAAGGAGCAGUGCGACUCUUUUCGUUGACUGCAACAGGAUUGAGUCCUUACCUAUAAAGCCAAGAGGUCCAAUCGAUGUCGAUGGCUUUGCUGUGCUGGGAAAACUUGUGGAUAAUCCUCAAGUUUCUGUUCCGUUUGAACUUCAAUGGAUGCUGAUCCAUUGUGACCCCCUGAGACCCAGGAGAGAAACUUGCAAUGAGCUGCCAGCCAGGAUCACGACAGGAGGAACUCACGCCUCCUGGGCCGGCGCCCCCUCGCAUCCCCGGCUCCCGGGGGCGCUCUUGGCGGGGACAAGCGCCACUGCGCGCUCGGCGGGCAUGGCUUGGGCGGCGUCGCGCCACGGGGCCCUCGGGCUACGACUGCUGCUGUCGGGGCUCUGCUUGUGCGCGGCUCAAAGGGGCCCCCCAGGUGAGCAGGGUCCUCCGGGGCCGCCGGGUCCCCCUGGAGUCCCGGGCAUCGACGGCAUCGACGGUGAUCGCGGUCCGAAGGGUCCUCCGGGCCCCCCGGGUCCCCCUGGAGAGCCGGGGAAACCAGGAGCUCCAGGCAAGCCUGGCACACCGGGUGCCGACGGAUUAACAGGUCCUGAUGGAUCCCCCGGCUCUGUUGGACCAAGAGGACAAAAAGGAGAACCUGGUGUGCCAGGACCUCGUGGAUUUCCAGGCCGUGGUAUUCCUGGACCUCCUGGUCCUCCUGGGGGAGCAGGACUCCCUGGAGAGCUUGGCCGUGUGGGACCGAUUGGCGACCCUGGGAAAAGAGGACCACCUGGCCCCCCUGGCCCCCCGGGACCCAGUGGAACAAUUGGCUUUCAUGAUGGAGAUCCAUUGUGUCCCAAUUCCUGCCCACCGGGUCGUUCGGGAUACCCAGGUCUGCCAGGCAUGAGGGGUCAUAAAGGAGCUAAAGGAGAGAUUGGUGAACCUGGAAGACAAGGUCACAAGGGUGAAGAAGGGGACCAGGGUGAACUGGGAGAAGUUGGAGCUCAAGGACCUCCGGGAGCUCAAGGUUUGAGAGGCAUCACCGGCGUAGCUGGCGAGAAAGGGGAAAAGGGUGCUCGGGGUUUAGAUGGAGAACCUGGGCCUCAAGGGCUCCCUGGUGCACCUGGUGACCAAGGACAGCGAGGACCUCCAGGAGAAAUAGGUCCCAAGGGAGACAGAGGGCCACAAGGUUCUCCAGGAAUUCCUGGUCUCCCUGGGCCCAAAGGGGACACGGGCUUGCCAGGUGUGGAUGGCCGUGACGGGAUACCUGGAAUGCCGGGAACAAAGGGGGAACCAGGGAAACCCGGGCCUCCUGGUGAAGCAGGUUUGCAGGGGUUACCUGGUAUACCUGGACUUCCUGGUGCAAAGGGUGUUGCUGGUGAAAAGGGUAACACAGGUGCUCCAGGGAAGCCCGGUCAAUUGGGGAAUUCUGGCAAACCGGGCCGCCAGGGGCCGCCCGGAGAAGUGGGACCCCGAGGACCCCGGGGCCUUUCUGGCAGCAGAGGUGAAGUAGGACCAGUGGGACCCCCAGGGCCACCGGGUAAACUGGGUUCUCUUGGCAGCCCCGGCCUCCCUGGCUUGCCUGGCCCCCCUGGACUUCCUGGGAUGAAAGGUGACAGGGGUGUAGUUGGUGAACCUGGUCCAAAGGGUGAACAGGGUGCCUCUGGUGAAGAGGGUGAAGCUGGAGAAAGGGGUGAACUCGGAGAUAUAGGAUUACCUGGCCCAAAGGGAUCUGUGGGGAACCCUGGGGAGCCUGGCGUGAGGGGGCCCGAAGGCAGCCGGGGGCUUCCCGGAGAGGAAGGACCCCGAGGCCCGCCCGGCCCGCGCGGCGUGCAGGGGGAGCAGGGCGCCACCGGCCUGCCCGGGAUCCAGGGCCCCCCGGGCAGAGCACCGACUGAUCAGCACAUCAAGCAGGUUUGCAUGAGAGUCAUACAAGAGCACUUUGCUCAGAUGGCCGCGAGUCUCAAGCGUCCGGACUCCGGAGCCUCGGGCCUCCCUGGACAGCCUGGACCCCCUGGACCCCCGGGCCCCCCUGGAGAGAAUGGCUUUCCGGGCCAGAUGGGACUCCGCGGCCUCCCGGGCAUGAAGGGUCCCCCUGGCGCUCUCGGUGUGAGGGGCCCUAAAGGUGAUGCAGGAGAAAGAGGGGAUCGUGGCCCCCCAGGAAGAGGUCCCAAAGGUUUGCCAGGAGCUCCGGGUCUCCCAGGUGACCCGGGUCCUGCCAGCUACGGGAGGAAUGGCCGAGACGGCGAGCGAGGCCCCCCCGGGGCGGCAGGCAUCCCCGGUGUGCCCGGCCCCCCAGGCCCCCCGGGUCCCCCUGGUUUCUGCGAGCCAGCGUCCUGCACCAUGCAGGCCGGUCAGCGGGCAUUCAACAGCAAAGGUCCCAAUCAGUGAGGGGCUUGGUGCCACGCGGCUGUCGGUGGAAACCAUGCCUGAAGGUGCCUGGGGGAGAACGGCCCCUUCAGUUGUACCCUAGGAGUCCCAUCUGACCAUCAGGUUUAGGACAAUGGUGCUAUUCAGCAAAUCCUCUCUCCUUUCUCUUUGAGGGGAGCCACAGAGCAAUGGAUCAGACAGAUAGACAACACCCCUCCUUUUGAGUGAAUCGGCAGUCCCGUCCCCAGGCUCUUGAACUCACGUGUGCUAUCCUUGUGUGGUACGUCACGGGCCGCUGUGCCAAUAAACAGAGACCGCUGUUUGAUUUACCUCAGUUGCAGUAACUUCCAUUUUGUAGUGAGCGCGUGUUCUCAGACGCUCGUUCACGCUCUGCAAGGAUUUACCAGACUAGUUAAGAAGCAGCCCCAUUCCUGUCAACAGAAUCGGUGCUUAAGAUCCCCAUCACUGUGCUCCUGGGGACUCUGUAGUUGCUGUGCCACUUGGGGUGGUUUCCUUACACCCGUGGGGUUCUCAGCGUCAGCUUGCCUUUCUGCUGAACUGUACUGUAUCCAAACCCAUUUGUAUUUUGGGCUCGUCCAUGUGAAAGCAAAGAAAGAGUCUUAAUAACCCACAUUCAGUAGUUUUAGUGAUGAGAUUAUUUAUUUUCAAGGUUUGAGGUCACGUCUCUUGUACCAAAGAAGCAAUAAAUAUGGUUUCUUACUCUCUUGCAUGUUUUUUUAUAGCUGGGUUCAAUGAAAAGAAGUCACUUACAGUUAUUCAGAUACGUAAAGCUUUUUAAAUACUGGCAUUUCUGUAGGCCUGUGUUUAUGAUGUUAGUGCUUUGUUCUACAGAGAAAUUAAAAAGCCCUUACUGCUCCCCAGA